AUUCCUACAACAUUACAACAAUCAAAUGCUUAUAUACAAAUAGUCAAAUCCUCUCUCAUUAUCUUCCCAAAUUUGCCACCGACGCUCCCCAAUUUUCUUUAUAAAAAAGACGCUCCCCACAAAAGCAUUUGAGAAAACAAAUUUCAUUACCACAUCAAAAGCCACAAACUAUCACUUGUUUCCUAUCAGCCAUGAUUCCCAUCUUCUUGGUCCUGUUAUCCUUCUUACCAAACACCGCCUUAUCCACUACAUUUCAUUCCUUCAAAAAGCUUCAGCUCCCUUCACCUGGCUGUGAGGCCUACACCUUUGAUAAAAACAAUGGCGGGCCUUACACGGGCCUCAACGAUGGCCGGAUCGUGAAAUACGACGGGCCCAAAACCGGUUUUGUGGAGUACGCCACAACUGUGUCUAAUAGAUCGAAAGAAUUGUGCGAUGGGACACACGGCGACGUGAACAUCGGGAGGCGAUGCGGAAGGCCGCUCGACAUGGAAUUCAACCACAAAACCGGGGAGCUUUACGUAGUCGACCUUUUCCAAGGUUUGAUGGUCGUGCCACGUGGUGGCGGCGUGGCGCGCCAGCUGGCGCAAGGCGACGGCAUGCCGGUCGACGCUCCCGAUGCCAUCGCCAUCGACCCGAUUACCGACGAGGUCUAUUUCACCGAUAUCGGCACAAUCAUCUUCACGAACCCCAACAUGACCGAAGUCCUCAUGAGUGGGGACAAGAGCGGGAGACUACUCAAAUACGACCCGAAAACGAAAAAACGCACGAUUGUCCUUACCGGGCUCGCGGGGCCCGCAGGGGUGGCCGUGAGCAGAGACGGCUCGUUUGUGGUGAUAGCCGAGUAUUUGGCGUGCCGAAUCACGAGGUUGUGGCUCAAGGGCCGGAGGGCCGGUCAGACGGAGGUUUUCGCGGAGCUCCCGGGUAAUCCGGACAACAUCAAGAGAACGAGGUCGGGCGAUUUCUGGGUGCCGGUCAACAUACAAAAGUUGUACCCUAGGCUGACUAGUUUUCCAUUAGGUCAGAAGAUUAACCCGAGAGGACAGAUUACGCAGACUGUGAAUUUCUAUAAUGAGUAUAACUCGACGUAUAUUACCGAGGUGCACGAGCAUGGUGGGUCGUUGUACGUCGCGUCGGUUUAUACGGGAGUCGUCGGGGUUUAUCGAGGAUCAAAGAAAUUGUGCGACGGGACAAACGGCAACUUGAAAACCGGGCCGUUGUGCGGAAGGCCGCUCGACAUGGAAUUCAACCCCAAAACCUGGGAGCUUUACGUCGUCGACCUUUUCCGGGGGCUAAUGGUGGUGCCGCCACGUGGCGGCGGCGUGGCCCGCCAGUUGUCUUCCGGCGACGGCAUGCCGGCCAACGCCCCGGAUGCCGUCGCCAUCGACCCGAUUACUGGAGAGGUCUAUUUCUCGGAUAUCGGCUCCAUCAUAUUCACGAGCACCAACAUGACCCAAACCCUCAUGAGUGGGGACAAAAGCGGGAGACUACUCAAAUAUGACCCGAAAACGAAGACACGUACGGUUGUCCUCACUGGGCUCGCGGGGCCCGCGGGCCUAGCCGUGAGCCGAGAUGGCUUGUUCGUGUUGAUAGCCGAGUACUUGGCGUGCCGGAUCACGAGGCUAUGGCUCAAGGGCCCGAGAGCCGGUAAAACAGAAGUUUUCGCGGAGCUCCCGGGAAAUCCCGACAACAUCAAGAGAACAUGGUCGGGCGAUUUCUGGGUGGCGGUUAAUAUACAAAAAUUGUACCCUAGACUGACGAGCUUUCCAUUAGGCCAAAAGAUUAACCCGAAAGGUCAAAUUACGCGGACUGUGAAUUUCUAUGAUGAGUAUAACGCGACGUAUGUUACGGAAGUGCACGAGCAUGGUGGGUCGUUGUACGUCGCGUCGGUUUAUACAGGAUUUGUCGGGGUUUAUAAGGGGGCUAAGAUAUGGAGCACUGCGUUAGCCCAUGUAUAUCAUCAAUAUUCUUACAAGAAGAUUCCACUCCCAAGAAUAGGUUCAGAGGCAUAUGCCUUUGAUUCAAACAACAAUGGACCUUACACUGGUCUUAAUGAUGGAAGGAUUGUCAAAUAUGAAGGCCCAAAAACUGGCUUUGUAGAUUUUGCAAUCACUGCUCCUAAUAGCAACAUGACCGAAAUACUCCUAAGUGGGGACAAAGGCGGCCGGCUACUAAAAUACGACCCUAAAACCAAACGGCAAACGGUGGUCCUAACCGGGCUAGCCGUGCCAAAUGGGGUGGCCGUGAGCCGAGACGCCUCGUUUGUGCUAAUUGCGGAAUACAUUGCUAGCAGAAUAAGAAUAUUUUGGCUCAAGGGCCAAAAUGCAAAUACUUCAAACAUUUUGGUCCGACUUCCGGGCAACCCGGACAACAUCAAGAGGACAAAAUCGGGAGAUUUUUGGGUGCCCGUGAAUAUACAAAAUUUGCUGCCCGAGCUGAUUAGUUUCCCUUUGGGGCAGAGGAUUAGUGAAUUCGGGCAGAUUUUGGAGACCGUGAAUUUCUAUGCAGAGUAUAACGCGACGUAUAUUACUGAGGUGCAAGAACACUUGGGAUCUUUGUAUGUAGCGUCGGUUUAUACGGAUUUUGUGAGUGUGUAUAAGGAACAUACGAUGUCACGUCUCACUAAGCUAUCUUUGGUUUUCGUAUGCAUCGUCUUGCAAUUGGCCGUGUCGCACGCCAAAAUCGCGGUCUUUGACGAGUACCUGCAAAGGCAAGCUAACGAAUCGUACGCCGAGUCUUUGAAAGCAUUCAAUCCCCAUCCGGGGGAUCUAACUGAUGAAUUCAACGAGCUAGCCACGAACCCUAUCGACCGAUGCUGGCGGUGCGACCCGAACUGGGCCAAGAAUCGAAAAAAGCUCGCCGAUUGCGCCCGCGGCUUCGGCCACGACACGCAUGGCGGUAAAGACGGGCGGUACUAUGUGGUUACCGACGCCUCGGAUGACAGCGUGGACAACCCGAAGCCCGGGACCCUUCGCCACGCGGUCAUCCAGAAGGAGCCACUGUGGAUCGUCUUCUCCCACAGCAUGGUGAUCAAGCUUCAACAAGAGCUGAUAAUGACGAGCCACAAGACGAUCGACGGGCGAGGCGUACUAGUACGCAUCGCUUACGGUGCCGGCAUCACGAUCCAAUUCGUCAAGAACAUCAUCAUCCACAAUGUAUGGAUACACAACAUCGUGAAGGCCUCAGGUGGCAUGAUUCGGGACUCGGUCGACCACUUGGGGCUCCGGACGCAGAGCGAUGGGGACGGCAUCAGCAUCUACGGGUCGAGCCGUGUGUGGAUCGACCACGUGUCGCUCUCCAAGGGAGUCGACGGGCUAAUCGACAUCAUCGAGGGAUCCACCGCCAUCACCAUCUCCAACUGCAAGUUCAACCACCACAACGACGUGAUGUUGUUGGGUGCGCACGACACGGACUCCAAGGACUCGAUCAUGCAAGUGACGAUCGCGUUCAACAGGUUCGGAAUAGGGUGCAUACAGAGGAUGCCACGUGUCAGGUGGGGAUUCGCCCAUGUCGUCAACAACGACUACUCCCAUUGGGAGCUCUACGCAAUCGGAGGUAGCGCGCACCCGACCAUCAUUAGCCAAGGCAACAGAUUCAAGGCCGCCGAUUACCAAUACACCAAAGAGAAAUGGCAAUGGCGAUCGGAAGGGGACUUGUUCACGAACGGGGCCUUCUUUACUGAGUCGGGCCCACCACUCGAACACAAGAAAAGCCCGUUAGCAGGGCAGAAUUUGAUCAAAUUCAAGCCCGGAUCAUACGUGGGAAGGCUCACACGAGCUGCCGGGGCCAUCAAGAUUUACUAUUUUACGUUAUCGCCGACGCAAAAGUCCGCCGGAAAACUUCAUUCUUCUCCGGCCACCGAACCGCGAAAAUCAACCUCAAGUUUUCCGGCAAGUACCGGUCGUCCUAUUCCGCCAAGCACCGGCAUUCCGGCGAACAGCGCCUUCUCGAAAGAGAGGAGCAUCCCCUCCCCGAGGCCUCGAACUCGGGCUCGCGGGCUGGCCCGGCCGGGCCCGGCCCGAAAGCGCGAACGUCUAAUCCGCUCCGCGUUGGAAAAAGCCCGGUUAGAAUCUUUGAAAAGCUCGGUUGACCUUCACUUUCGAGUCAACGUGAGUCGAAACGUGCUCGUUUCUUACGUCGACACGUGGAAUUAUUCCGAGGGUGAUGAUGUCCUCAUGAUGCGAGCUUCGGAAUUGUCGAUCGGGAGAUUGAAGGAGGAGUUGGUGGUGCCGGAGGAGGAUAAGACGAGGUGCUCGAUUUGCAUGGAGGAUGUCUUUUGUGGGUCCCGCGGCUUGGUUAUGCCGUGCCGCCACGUGUAUCACCGGGAUUGCAUCGAG